UUCACGGAAAGAUAGCUGUCGGAUAGUUCCGCACUUUCCAAUGAGUGAAUUAUAACUUCUCAAACAUUAUUUCUGUAUUUAUAAUGGCGGUUAGUUUGCAAACCCAAGUCUCUCUUCGGGACAAUAUGCUGGCAGUUGUGGAAACAACGUUGAGGUCUAAUUUGAGAGUUGGUAGAAGAUGUACGUCGAAGGAUACAGCUAAGUUGGUGUUGCAGCAGCUGACUGUGAUUAUAAAAAGUAAAGUGUGGAGAAAUGCUCAAGAUUUGCUUCGAAUUCUACGUGAGUUUGGAAACAAACUUGUGGAGUUGGACCCAGCAGAAACUGUAAUCGGAAAUGUAGUUCGUCGCGUAUUAAAAAUUGUCCGAGAUGACUAUCUUCGUGUUCAUUGCGGUCAUUUAGCGGAUACCCAAACGAAACUUCUACUGCCCCAUGCUGCCGACGACUUUGCCACUACGUACAUUGAUCUGCAGGACCAUAUCCUUGAGUCGCUCGAUGAAUUGCUGCAGGAAAUUGAUUUUGCUAUAGACAGCAUCAUUCAGCACGCCCCGCGGCUCAUCAACGACGGCGAGGUGGUUCUUACCAUGGGGAAGUCGCGGACAGUGGAAGCGUUCCUGCGAGAAGCGGCAAAAAAUAGGCACUUCACCGUUGUUGUUUUGGAAAGUGCGCCAAGAUACGACGGUCACGACGUGGCCAAAAAUCUUGGCAAACACGGAGUAUCAACAUUCGUUGUUCAUGAUUCAGCUAUCUUUGCAAUGAUGGGGCGCGUUCAUAAAGUUGUGUUGGGCGCUCAUUCAGUGAUGGCCGACGGUGGGCUAAAAGCUUAUUCCGGAGCUUAUGCGGUAGCGCGGGCAGCCAAACAUUACUCGGUACCGCUUGUUGUUUGUACACCAGUUUAUAAGCUUACCCCACAGUUCGUUACUUCCGAGGAUCAACCGGGCUUUAACAAGCUGGAGUCGCCGCAGGACAUUUUUGAUUUUGCCGAAAGUACUUGCGAGCUCGACGACGCGGAAUUCCUAAACCCAGUAUUUGAUUAUGUUCCUCCAGAUUUAGUGCCACUGUUCAUCUUCAAUGUUGGAGGCAAUAGUCCUUCAUACGUGUAUAGGCUAGUUUCUGAACUCUACCAUCCAGACGACUGCGACCUUUUGACAGAACUAUAGAAAUUAAAAUGUUUUUUUAUAA